GGAAGGGCCAUCCACAGCUUCUGUGGGCAACCUGUGCCAGUGCCUCACCACCGGCUGUGUAAAGAACUCCUUCCGAACAUCUAAUCUAAAUCUCUCCUCUUUUAGUUUAAAACCAUUCCCCCUUGUCCUAUCCCAAUGUGCCCAUUUAAAAAGUCACUCUCCCUCUUUUUAAUAAGCCCCCUUUAAACGCUGGAAGGUACUCUAGGGUCUCUUUGGAGCCUUCUCUUCUCCAAGCUGAACAGCCCCAGUUCUCUCAGCCAGUCUUCACAGGAGAGGGGCUCCGACCCUCUGAUCAUCUUUCUGGCCUUCCACUGGACCGGCUUUAAGAGGUCCAUGUCUUUCUUCUGCUGCACCCCAGAGCUGGGCACAGCACUCCAGGUGGAGCCUCACAAGGGCAGAGCAGAGGGGCAGGAUUGACAGUGCUGCUUGUGAUGCAACCAUGAGAAUCCCCAAGUCCUCAUCAGGGCUGCUCUCAAGGAGCUCUUCUCCCCAUCUGUACUCAUGUCUGGGAUUGCCCCAACCCAGGUGUUGCAGAUGGCCUCACUCUGAGCAGGUCCUGGAGAAGGACAAAGGGACAAAGCACCCUGCUGAAGUGCUGUGCAACCUGCCCAGUGCCAGCCAGUUGUGUAGCUGGUCCCCCUGAAACAGUGGAUAUAAUGGUGAAAGAAGGCCCUGCAGGGGAAGAGUACACCUUUUAUAAAUUGGUUUAGCUCCUGGGGACGGAAGGUAUUCUAUGAAGUUAAGUAUUAAAGCUACCCUGGAUUAUUCAUUAAGCAUCAAUUAUCAUCAUCACAUUUACUGUCAGAUGUUUCAAUGUUGCUACUCUGCUCCAGGAGGGAUCAUAUUUUUAGGCUGGUUUCCGAAGGAAGGAUGUUCUUGGGGUCAGUUGUGCAGUGUGCUUGUCUGUCUGUCCUCACCGAUUUGGUGAGGACAUUUCAGCCAAAGUUUUUGGCAGGCUGGAAGUUUCCAGAUACUGUAUUGCUGCAGGUGAAUUAGCCAAGGGGAUGGUGGGGAGCCCCCCAGACCCAGCUAGUGGUGUGGGUGCAGGAAGAGCAAGCAUCUGAUGGGUACAAGAGAUGGUCCAGGCAGGGCAGCUUUGCCACCAGCACUGGGGACCUCAGCCAUGGGACACAACACCACGGGAGACUCGGCUUCCCUGACUGCUGCCCGCUGAAUAAUUUACACACACCUGCCAGGUAUGAAUUGGGUCCUUAUUCCACAUUCUUUCUGUUACUUCUGCCUCCCCUUGUUUAUGCUUUUAUAACAUUACGAACUUGGAACAAGCUUUGGUUUAACAAUAGAGGCAGCCUCAUCUGCAAAACAGGAUGUUCCAAAGUAAGAUCUAAUUUUCCUCUGCGAGAACCUAAGGCAAAAGUAAAUUGAUAUCCACUCUAAAGACAAACACAAACAAGGACUUAUUAUUUAUCAUUAAAACAUCUUAAACAGGCUCUAGAGCCCUAAAAGCAAAAGUUUGAUGCUAUAUAAAAGAAUUAUGUUUCCGAGAUGUAUCAGUUCAAUAAUUAAAACAGCAUCUAUGAAAUAUAAAUGUAAGAUAUUAAUAAAUUAAAUUAAAUUAAAGCCACUGAAAGCCAAUUAUCUUGUAAAAGAUCUCUGAUAGCUAAACUAAUGAGAUGUAGAAAGAUUAAUUUAGAUCCCCAUUUUGGGAGGUGAUUAUAAAUUGCUAUAAUGCCACAUCCAGUUACUAGGUUGUUAUUGAAACCUGUGAAAUACAUUUGGAAAGGUUUUUAAAUAUUCAGGAUGAAGCAGAAAUUAGAAAGGAGUUAGAAAUAAUUAAAAAUUAGCUGUCUUGUCACUUUGCAGCUUUAAUCCUAUUACCUCUUCUAGUUUACAAAGCUUCAAAUGUCUCUCAAAGCAUUGAUCUGUGGGGACGGUGGGGUUUAUGAGCAGGGAUUUAUGUGUUUUAAUAACUGCUGAACUUCAAAUAUUUCUGUGGUUUUGCUUAUUCGAGGGAUUGUUUCUAUGUAGGAUUAUCGCCCUUGCUCCCAGCGCUGCCUGAUGAGUUUCUUUGGCCAUAGGGCAGGUCAGACCAUCACCCAUGGUCCCAUUGAGCCCCCAAAGACUCACUGCUUUCCUUGCAGCUCCUGGUGAAAAUGCUGAGGAGCAUCAGUGAUGGUCUUUUUGGUCAGGGUGAAGCACAAGGCCUUUACUCCUCUAUUUCUGUGGCUGUUGUAGCAAAGCACAGGGCUCUUGGGGAACACAGCUGGGUGAUGGUGGUGCAAUGCAUGCCCAUAACCCAUGAUCUAUGGUCUUGCCACUGCCAGAGGCUGGUCAACCUUGUUUUGGUUGGGACUUGCCAUCUGGGGACCUCUUGGAGAGCGUUGUAGCUGUUACAGCAACGGCCUAAGGACUCAGGGACUUCACCCAUCAGUGCUCAGUUUUGCUUCCCCUGGUCCAAAGGAUGCCAAAAGGUCUCCAGCAGCAUGGCUUGGCUGUAUUUUUGCAGUGCAGCAGGAGCACAGCAAUCUGUCCCUGAGCCAGCAGGAAAAUCGCAGGUAGGGGAGGGCAGUGGGGCCUUGAAACCUCUGGCACAGGGUGAUAGCAGCAGCCCCAGCGCUGUGAGCUACUCCCCCAUGGGCAGCUGCUGCAUCAAGGGAGCACGGCCUUGGGGCUGGGGCACUCCACUCACGGGCAGCAGGGAGGGCAAGGUCAGUUCUGCAAGGUGUGCACAGCUCUGCCUGGAGGGUCAGUGUGGACAUCACUGGAUCUGGGGGCUGAGGAGCAGGGCAAGGGGAGCCUUAGGGGUGGCACACGGACAGCCCCGGGUGGGCUCCAGCAGAAGGGGAGGCAGAAUCCUACCGCCACCAGCACCCUGGAGAGGCAGACAGAGGGGUUCCAUCACCAGCAUCGUGCUUCUUGGAGGUGAAGGAGUCAUGCCAGAAUGCCUGCAGCCAUCCUAGGGCAGCAGAGGGGCUGUUAGAACCCUGAAGCAGUCAAACAGCAGAUUCUCCUGAGUAAGGUGCGUUUCUCCAGCCCACGUAAAGGCACGAGCUGUGGUGCACAGAACCAGCAGAGAAGGCAGCAGCCCUCUGGGGAGCCCUUAUGGCAUUUUUGUGAGUAACCCUUCUGGGAGAGCCUUUUUUUGGGUGCCAUCCUGUGGCAGUCAGGGACAACCAGCAACAAGGCUACUCUGUGUUCACAUAGCCUCAAGUGUCUUGUUGAAAGCAUAGCAUCCAGUUUUGGGGGCAACACAGACUUGUUGAAAACAUUGAAGUGGGAAAUCCAGCAGGUUUGAAAGCCUUCUUCCUGAGAAAUGCUCAAGGGAUGCCUCUAACCAUUCUUGGACAGAGGAGUGAAAGCUCUCUGCCUUGUCUGUGAGAAGAGAUAAAUUAGAAAUCCCUGCUUAGGGGAUUUCUUGGUUAAGAAAAUUUUCUGUAGUGAAGAAGUACGCUAGAAAAACAACAGAGGAACAAGCCCAGAUUUGGGUGAGGCUCUGCUAUCUUCUCUCAGCCUUCUUGAGCUGUAGUUUGUGAACAGACCCUUCUGUAAAGUCUAAAAUACCUUUAGAGGAGAAUAAAAGAUGUCAGAGCUGGCAAAUUGGGUUAUUCAGUGCGGACCAAACCCCUGGGGUCCAAACUCUUGCAGAAGUAUCCAGCAGGCUGACCUAGAGUUUGCCAAAUUAAAAGAGAUGACCAAGUCUAAACUCUUCUCCCGAAAAUCCUUAAAGUGUGCAGCAGCGUGGGCUGUGUGGUUAGUUGCCAAAAGCUUAACUGAAGAAAAACAGGCAGCCCAGGUAGAAAUUCAGAACCUAAGGGAGGAAAACAAGAAACUGAAAGAAAUAAAGGCUCAGCAGCUUAAACUAGAGGAGGGUAUAACUCGAGAAGGAGCUGCGGCUGAGGAACAAGUGCGAAGUGUUCUCCAGUAUCAAGAGGUGUGUGAACAAAAAAAGGCCAUUUUGAGUGAAAAUCAGGCACUGAAGGAAAAAGUAGCCAUCAGUACAAAAGCUGUAGAGGAGGCACAAAGAACAAUCCGAUUACUGGUGCAAAAAGUACAGAUCCUAAAAGAGAGGGGCACAGACCACCGGGCCUGCAAGGUCAAGAUGGAAAAGUUAAAAGCCGCGUUAGAGGCGAAGCACGAGGCUGUCACGGCCCUUACAAAAACACCCCUCCAAAGAGAUGGUGAGCACUGUGAUGAACACAAAUGGGUUAAUCCAGAUGGCAACUCCUCCACAGAGGAGUGUAAGCCUGCAAGCCCACUGCUACUAGAGUCUGAGAGGCCAGAAAGAUUUAAAGCAGAUCCUGUUUCACUUACCUGUGCUCCAGUGGUUGGGAAAAGGGAGAGGGGAGCAGCAGAGCAGGGAAAUGAGGGAAAUGUGCAGCCACAGGCAGAACAAGUUAUCACAGAGGGAGCAACCACCACUGACCCUCGCCAAUUCAAACCCAGGAGCACCCAGGGAAGGAGAGAGCAGUUGGUGGGGAGUGUCUGGGCAAGGGAGGACAGAGGGGGAUCCAGGAGAGGAAGGGGCAGCAGAGGAAGGGAAAACUCCAGGGAUAUGAGGGACCCAGAGGUGCUGCAGACCACUGCCUCUGCUGGUGUGACCUCCCAGAGCCCCUUCGUGGGAAGAGGGAGGAAAGGAAGGUGGCAGGGCAAGAGACAGUGGCAGUACGGUGCAGGCCCUCGAUUUGUGGAACAAAACACCAUGUCCAGGAGGGAGUUAGGCAUGAUGCGAGUGGACAUAUGGAGGGAGCUUCGCAAGCAGGGGGAGGACAUGGCCCGCUGGGAUAACGCUCCCACCAGGGUUUUGUUGGAUCGCCUGCUGGAGAUCAGCAGGAGAAAAGAGGGAAGCGAGCCCGGGGCUCCUGCCCUCCCUGUCACAGCCUAGACAGACAGACCCCUCUUCCCUGGGCUCGUGGUCAGACCAAAACCGGACCACUGGGGAAGGCUCCCAUGCUGGGAGCACUGGGAGAUGGGAAGCAGAGCCCUCUGGGUAUCAUCCAUGUCACAUACAAACCUGGGGCACCAGGCUGUGUCUGGUGCAAAUUGAGACGGCUCCUCUGGUGAGGGAAAUGCAGGAGGAGUGAAGUGUUAAGGGGUUUUGGGUUUGCUUAUUUUUACAGGAGAAACACAGCGGGAAAGUUGACUUUUCCAGCAGGAACAAGUCAGGGCUGCAGUAAAGCAGAGGCUGCUUGAGCUCUGCCACAGCCACCCUGGCACCCACUUUGCUGCACUGAGUCUGGGCAGGGAUACCAAAUGCUGCUCAGGCCAUGUUAGCAGAAGCUGUUUUGGGAAAAAGAAUGCUUUUAGGACUGAUAAAACACCGGAGCUGGGAUCCCAGCUGGGCUGCAGGGUUUGUGAGCAGUGAUGUGCAGCAGUGGGACUGGGAAUGAGCUCUAGGUAUGAAGGGCUGUGCAAGGAAGGUUACAGGAGUCCCAAGCAUGGUAUAAACCUUGAGGGUGAAGCAAGGAGGAAAGAAUAACAUCUUCUUUCUGGGUCUUCUGAAGGCAAUUUGGAAGGGUUUGGACUUGCAAAAAGAAAAAAACCCCACUAUUUAAAAAAAUAAUACCUGCCUGUUGUCAGAGGCAAAGAGAAAUCAAGAGGUAGAAGCAGAGCAAAUUCAAGAGGUACCCACAAAAUGAAGCAGCUCAUGUUUAGCAGUAGUAUUGUUAAAUUCACUAGUGUGUUCUCACAUAAGUGUGUGGAAGUACAUGCAGCAAAGAAACUUAGGAGUGGUAUCAAAAAAAAAAAAAAAGGAAAAAAGGAUUGAAACAGAGGCAUGCGAACUAAUUGCUACCAGUGCUUAAAAAGUUACAAGCUGGAAAAGUGGCAGAUCAUGAAUGUACUCAUAAAGGUUUGAGGGGAUGGUUAUUAAUGAUAAAAUAUUCUAAUUGACUUGGGACAGAAUUCACUCUGAAAGCAAAAAGUUAAGUCUGUGAUGCAUGCUUAUAGUUGAUGUGCUAAUACCAGCAUUUUUUUCUUAGAGUGGAGAAAAAUGAAGUAAAAAAGAGAAAAUAAUUAAAAAGGACCUAUAAUGGAAAAAUGUACACAUCAAUGUAGUAUUUUAAAAUUAAAAUGUAAAGUUCUUCUGUUACAGACAUAAGAUGGAAGCACCUGAAACAAUUAUGAUGGAGGAUUGGUGAGCAACUGUUUAAGAACAUAAGCUAAUAAAUUGUAUAAAAAUAUGUGAAGAUGCAGUUUAUUAGAUCCUUAAUAUCAUCUAAAGUUCUAUGGGUGUAAAUGUUUUCUACCUUGGUUAACUGAGAUAACUACUUAUAACAAUCUUUGCUGUUUUGUCUUCCAUAGGUAGCACAGAAGAAUAAGUAACAAUUCCAAAUUAUGGAUAUUAUUAAUUGUAUGAUGCUUACUGCUUUCUUUCUUGCUUUUAUUUUGCUUUAUUAUCAUACAUGCAUAGAUGUGCGGAAAAAUAUAAUCUCCUUUUUUUUAGAACAGUUGCUGUUGCUGAAGUUCAAAUAAGAGAAAAGAACUAACAAACUGUGGUGACAAGGAAAAAGUGGAUCCAUUUUGAAGGGAUCACCAUCUCCAAAUAAGAGAAAUCUAGUUUCCCUUGAUGAGUAUGGACAUACCUCCUGUUUUUGAUAGUGAUCUUGAAAUGUAGAGCACCUAUGUAUGUAACACAGGAAACACAGUAUUUUGAAAUGAGAAGCAAAGAUGAACAAAUGAAGUGUAGAAAUUUCUAGUAGGGUGAGUUAUAUUUUAAAAAUAUAUACGCUUAGUGUGGAUUUGCACAGUUUUGAGUUUAAUUUAGAGCACCUAUGUAUAAAUUGAUGGUGCUGGGAGAGGUAGAAAACUAAAGGUCCCCAGUGAUGGGGAUAUCAAAUCACUGCAUACAUGGAUGAUACAUGUAGUGGGCCAAUAAAAAUUGUUAUUUGGUUAUGGAGGAGAUGAGGAGGUGACUUUAGACACUGACAGCAGGAGGUUUUUUGAGAUGAGAGCUGCACAGCGGCCAUGUCAAGCAGCCCAGCAAGGUGGAGUGCUCCCAGCUGCCUCUCUGGAGGAACACCAGCAAGCAAGAAGCACUCACACGUGCAAAUUGCUUACAAAAAGAUAAUCAGUUUAGAACUGGGUCUAGCCAGAGGUGAAUAUAAAAUAUAUCCUUUAGUUUCCAGUGGGAAUGUAAUCACUUAUAUGGGAUCCAGCUGUGUUUGUGUAUCUCCAGAAUCCAGAAAUUCUCUGCAUGUCUAAGUUGUCUGAUAAUACAUGAGCAUUAAUGUAACUUUAAUUUAAAUGUAUGAUUUUAAUGACACGAUGCUUUUAGAAGUGACACUAAAAUUGCUAGAAACUUUUUAACUGCAUACUGAACAAAGAAGCUUUUAAACUGUGUACAUUUGGGCUAGGUUUUGAUCAGUUGUUGCAGAUAACAGCACCUACCUGUAAUUUUUGUAGUCUCACAGGCACCAAAGCAAGGUUUGCAGUAUGUCACAAAAAUGAGCAAGUUGCUCUUACUACAACAGCAAUAAAGGAUGCUGGCCAUCAUACCUGGUGUAAAUCCUUCCUUGUUGGCACUCCCAUCACCUAUGGAGAUUUUUAACUAGGCUGUCAAGUCUAGAAGUGUAAUCCUGGGAAUUGCAAGAAUUCGUUUAAUUGUGCAAACCCUUAAACUGGCUGUAAAAUAAAAUCUUAUGUAAACCAAGUAGCAGCCAUGCACCAAAGUCAAGAGCUACAGGCCACCCUCAGACCCAUACGAGGCAAGACCAGGUAGGAAAGAGCAAAUGCCUCCAAGAAGAUCAGCUGCUCGGUCCUGGUGAGGAGCCUUGAGCCACAGGAGGGUUUGCAAUGUCCUUGCUGGACUCGUGUGUGACAGCUCAUGCCCAUGGGCUGGCAGAAGGGGUCUGUUUGCCUAUAGCCCACGGAACACAGCCUGGCCACUGCCAGAAACAGGCCACGGGCUGUUUACUAAUGCUGCAAAACCUGAGAGAGAGGUUUAUGAACCUUGCUUUGGUUGGGACAUGCAGGGACCCAGCAGCCCCAGCGCUGUGAACUACUCCCCCACAGGCAGCCGCUGCAUCAACAGAGGGACGUGACCUUGGGGCGGGGAAACAUCGCUCACACAGCGAGGAGGGCCAGGAGCAGCCCUGCAGGGUGUGAGCAGCUCUGCCUGGAGGGUCAGUGCGAUGGACCCAGCUCUGAGGAGCAAGGAGUACUGCAAGGGGAGCCUUAAAGACAGGGUAGAAGCAGCUGGACUCCAGCAGAAGAGGAGGAGGCAGAAUCACCCUCCCACCGUUGUUGCUGUGCUGCUGGAGCAAAGGACUUGUUGGGCCUGUGACACCUGCAGCCUUCCCCUUUCUCCUGGGGGAUAGACAGCACCUCUGAAUCUGGUGCCCUGGGAGUGGAGGGGUGAGCAAAGCCCAGGAGAAGCUGCAGCAGCUAAAGUGCUCUUGUGUGUUAGUUUUGACCCUUUCUCUCUAAUAUUCUAGAUAAUAGUGUUUAUCAUUUUUAGCAUCGUUGUAAUUGAUGAGUACUCUCUGAGCACACUGGUAAAACUUUGAAGUCGACU